AAAUGAAGCUUUGGAAAUCAAAGAAAGCCAUAAGUUGUGUUCCUGGAAAAUCCAGCAACAGCAGUAACAGUGGCAGUAGCUCCACUAAAAGUGAGGAGAAAUAUGAUUCGAAUGGAAUACCGUUAGUACCGAUUGUUGGGGUAGACCGAGCCAUGUCUCCUGCCCAAUCGGAAGACAGUGGGCUAGCUCCAGAACGUGGAUCAACUUAUGCAACAAUUUCCCUGCCACGUGAGAAUGCUGCUCAAAGUAUGGGUAUCACAUUUGCAGAACGAAACGACUUGUCGUAUCCACCUGUCAUUGGGACCCUUAGCCCACUGGGUCAUGCGGCUGAUUUUCUAGCGCCUGGCGAUCGCAUCCAUCAAGUGGAUGGCAUCUCGACGAUCGGUCUUAGCAAUCAACACAUCAUGAGCAUGCUGUGCCAUGGCGAUGGGCCGGCUGUUGUCGAGAUUGAAUACUCCCUGCCCGAAUACAUGUCCCAAAACAGUCUUUGUGUAACUUCAAAGCUGGCGCAGAUCACAGUGGAACGUGAGAGUGGCUGUCUUGGACUGACGUUACGCGGUGGUGGCGAUUAUCCAUUGAUCGUUACUCAUGUUCGGCCUCAUGGACCCGUUUUCAAAACAGGUCGAAUCAAACCCGGUGAUCGUUUAUUGCGUGUUGACAAUAUUUCCUUGAUUGGAAAAACUCUCGUCGAAGCACAAUCAAUCAUCAAGUGUGGCGGGCAUGUUUCGGGCUAUUCAAAUCUAACCAUUGAGUAUGAUGUCUCAGUGAUGCAGAGUGUUGAAUUCUCGAUGGGACCUUUGUUGAUUGAAAUCGAACGACCAAUGAAUGAUAAACUUGGUGUUGUUUUGUGUAAUUAUUCAUCGGUGAUGCUGAAUGAUCAUUCGAAAAUCGAUGAGGUUAGUCAAGCGGCUGUUUACAUUGCAAGCAUUUUACCGGCGAGUAUAGCAGAUCGAUGUGGUGCACUUUCUGUGGGCGAUCAAAUUCUCUCCAUAGACGACACAAUAAUCGAGAACACCGCAUACAGUCCGGACGAAGUGAUGACACUGCUAGAUACCACAACGGGCCGUGGAUUUACACAAAUGCAAAUUUUACCAGCUCACGCAUUAGCCAGAAGAGGUCACAACCUCGGAAGUCCAAAAUAUGGAUUCAGCACACUUGAGUCUAGAAAAUCACGCCAAAGACAACGCUUCGCCCGUAAAAGUUCACUGCCCUUAGAAUCAAGCAACACCGGCACAAUGCACUCCAGCAUUGGCAUCUGUCGUGCCGAAACAUUUCAAGUGGUACUCGACUGCACUCAUGGCUCUGGAAUAAUACUCGGAGCAUCAACUGCUUGUGGCAAAGCAGUGACCAUAGCACAAGUCGUUUCGGAUUCUGUGGCCGAUCGUAGUGGUUGCAUUCAAAAGGGUGAUCGUAUUAUAGCCGUGAAUAAAAUGUCUUCACUUGAAGUGAAUACAAUAAGACAGUUAUUAGGGGACGUUGGUCCCCGACCACCGGGUUAUCAGGGUGCCAAUUGGAUAGAAUUGGAAAUCGAGUUCGAUAUGUCAGAUGCUGUGGUACCCUCAAGUGGGGUUUUCAAUGUUAAAUUACCCAAAACUGGCAAAGGAGGAAUGGGUAUCAGUGUGAAUGGAUCAAGUCACAAUGGUUUCGUUAUAUCCGAAGUUAAACCAGGAAGUCUCGCUCAUCGAACUGGAUCGGUGAGAGCUGGUGAUGUCCUUCUUGCUGUUGACAAUCAUCCUUUACAGCAUUUUAAUGUCGAUGCAAUGCUCAAAGAAGGCGGAAAAAAUGAGUACACAACUUUGACAAUCAAACGAAAUCUUCUGCCAGACUUUUUGUUCGAUGCUCAGCAAAAAGUCAAUCCUAUCUAUAGUAAUUGUGGAGCAACUAGUGAUCAUGAGCUUUAUGGCAGUUAUGCUUCUAAAUACAACGAAGCUGUCAAAUAUAACGAUUGCAUUUCCAUGAAAUCAACUACACCCCAGCCGGAAUAUUUUCGGACUGAAGAUCCGUACAAUCCGAAUAUGGUGCAGAUUCGGCAACAUCCGAAUUGGGCGUUAAAAAGUCCUUCAACUCCUCCUUCGAUUGGGAGAACUUUUGGUGCUGAAAAUACAGUGAGUCUGACAACAGAAAUGCCAGAUGAUACGUAUAAUGAUUUGAGUCCGUAUGAUUUGGAUUAUCCGAAUGAAAGAUUUGCGAGUCCUGAUUGUAUGGCUAUUCCCCCGCCAAUGGAGAGUAAAAUUUAUGGGACUUCUCAUCACCAGACUAUUUUUACGGUCCGUCUUGAGCCUAAAGGUGGUUUACUUGGUAUCACUUUAGCCGGAAGUGAAGAAACUACCAAUCCAAUUUCGAUCAGUGGAAUGGUUGAAGGUGGAAUAGCAUAUAAAACUGGUCAACUUCAAGUUGGUGACCAAUUGCUUGCCAUCAAUGAUGAAUCUGUUCAAGGAAUGCCACUAUCUUAUGCUACAAAAAUGCUUCAAAAAUUAAGUGACAUUGUUGAUCUUAAAAUUCUCCGGCCACUCGAAACAUCCAAAACCUAUGGAUUGGAUACAGCUUCGUCAAGUAAUCCACAGCCACAAGUAAUUUAUGCCAAAGUUCAACGUAGACCAAGAAGUCCAUCGAGCAAUGAAGAUGCAACAAGUUCAAAUAGUAAAGAUAGCAAACAUCGAACUUUCCAUGUGACUCUUUACAAAGAUAAGGUUUAUGAUGACUAUGGUUUUUCGGUCUCUGAUGGGUUAUAUGAACGAGGGGUUUUUAUCAAUAGGAUUCGGUCUGGAGGGCCGGCUGAUGUGUGUUCGAUGUUGAAGCCAUUUGAUAGAAUAAUGCAGGUGAAUGAAAUGAAAACCCAGGACUUUGAUUGUUGUCUUACAGUUCCACUUAUAGCAGCUGCUGGAGAUAAAAUCGAUUUAGUUAUACAAAGAUCAGAAUGAAAAACCUGUUCAAAUUUGUUAAAUUUUUUUUUGUGCCUUGCCAUUAAGUUUCUGUACCAAAAUAAUUAUUUUACUAUAUACUAUAACAACGAUUUGUUAAAAUUUUUUUUGUACAAUCUUCAGUAAAUCCAUAUUCUUCCGCAUCUUCCUCUGGUAACUAUUAAGCCAUAGAAAUUAGUUUUUAAUCAAAGAUAAACCAAAGCGAAAAUAAUAUUUUAACAAAAUACAGUCAUUUUAAGACCAAAUAUAAUAAACAAUUCCAAAGAUAAUAAUAAAUCUGAAAGAUGUAGAAUUUUAAAUCAGA